UUUUUAUUUUAUGUAGGCAUGUGCAAAUAUUCCAUCCACCCCGAAUUUAAAUUUAAAUCUAUGUCCCACCUUUGGUAGUCACACAUUAUAAGACAAAAUACCGUUCAUAUAUAUAUAUAUAUAUAUAUAUAUAUAUAUAUAUAUAUAUAUAUAUAUAUUUGUUGAAGAAAACAGAGAAGAUGAAGAGGGUGUGUGUAACAGGAGCAGGAGGUUAUAUUGCUUCAUGGGUUGUGAAGCUUUUGCUUUCCAAAGGUUACAUGGUUCAUGGAACUGUAAGAGACCCAUGCUUCACUCUAUUGAAGUUUGAUAUGGUUUUUCUUCACGAUUUUGCUCUAGUAAGGCGUGAUGAGAAAAAGAAUGGUCAUCUGAGGAAGUUGGAAAAUGCUGAAGAGAGGUUGAAGCUGUUUAAGGCAGACGUGCUAGAAUAUGAAAAUCUUUGUGCUGCCUUUGCUGGUUGCAUUGGGGUUCUUCAUGUUGCUUCCCCUGUGCCUGGUGGACGUGUAUCUAAUCCUCAGGUGGAACUACUUGAUCCUGCGAUAUUAGGAACAAAAAACGUAUUAAAUGCAUGUUUGAACGCUAAAGUGGAAAAGGUUGUUGUGGUCUCGUCUGGAUCUGCUAUUUUGGUGAAUCCCAACUGGCCUUCAGACCUGGAAAUGGAUGAAAGCUGUUGGACAGAUAUAGAAUAUGCCAAGUCGAUUGAACAAUGGUAUGCUAUAUCGAAGACAGUAGCAGAGGUUGAAGCUUUGGAAUAUGGAAAACGAGAUGAUCUGAGUGUUGUAACAAUUUGUCCAGCCUUUGUCAUUGGGCCAAUGUUGCAGUCGAUCAUAAAUGCCACUAGCUUAUUUCUUUUGAGCUACAUGAAAGAGGAAGGUAGAAUCGGAGGGGACACAAUACAGGAUGCAGAACGUCCAUAUGUAGAUGUUCGUGAUUUGUCAGAGGCAAUUUUACUAUUGUACGAGAAUCCUAAGUCCAAUGGCAGAUACAUAUGUUCUCCAUACUCACUGAGGGCAAGAGAUUUUGUUGCAAAGAUGGAGAGCAUGUUUCCUGGCCAUACUUAUCCUAAAAUUUUUACAGAGAAAAGUGAUCGUGCGCUGCUCAGUUCGAAAAAGUUGAUUAAUUUGGGAUGGAGUUAUAGACCAUUGGAAGAGACCAUAGUUGACACUGUAAACAAUUAUGAAGAACUUGGUUUCCUGGAGAAAGGGAAGCCAUUUCCAGCUACAAUUAAGUUCUGAGUUAUUUGCAUCGGUUUCUCUUUGUGAAGAUAAAGUUAUGUUGUUGUUGU